AUGUUAGAUUAUUGGGUAAUUCAUCGAGGUACCAACAUCGGAUCCAUUUCAUUUACUCAAGAAAUUUCAAAUAAUGAGCUUGAUGAUAUAUUAGUAUUAUCUGACGAUCGACUUAUCGUAGUUAACUUUAUUGCUACAUGGUGUAAUUCAUAUCAAGAUAUCACUUCAUAUAUGGAUUGUUUAAGUGUUCAAUAUUCAAAUGUUCUUUUUCUUAAAGCUAAUAUUGAAAAAUGUUCGAGUGACGUUCUCAAAUAUUGA